GUGAGAGGCACGAAGAUGGCCGCGAAACAGCAAGUCGACAGUUUGAAAGAAGAUGUAACUUGUCGGAUCUGCAGUGAUUACUUCACUGAUCCAGUUAUACUGGGAUGCGGGCAUAACUUCUGCCGGCGCUGUAUCACACGGCGUUGGGAAAGGGGGACGAGAAACUCCUGCCCGGAGUGUAAUAGUGUUUUUGCGGACCGCACCCUUAAAGUAAAUCCGGUAUUAGAGACUCUGGCCCUGAAAGCUCAGGGCCUGAUUGUUAAUGAGAAGGAAAGGAAACUUCAGUGCGAGGAACAUCAGGAAGAACUGAAGCUGUUUUGUGAAACUGACAUGAAGCUGAUCUGUGUGAUUUGUUCGGCUGCACGGGAACACAGAGAACACCGAUUCAUGCCCGUUAAUGAAGCUGUUGACAUUUUAAAGAAUCAUGUUCGAUCUACAUUGGAAUCUCUGGAAAAAAAGAAAUCAGAGGUCCAGGAAAUGGCGGAUCAACAGAAGCAGAAGAUUUCCGGAGUUCGGGACCUGUCAGUGAGCCUGCAGGCAUACGUUAAAUCCUUAUUUGCUGAUCUGCGCCAAAUUCUAACCGAGAGAGAGGAGCGCUUACUCGGUGAGCUCAGGGUGAAGGCGGAGAGAGCUCUGAAUCCAAUGGAGAAUAAUCUCCGAAAGAUUCAAGAGAACUUAUCUUCUCUUCAGAAUCAAAUCUCAAAAUUUCAGCAACGGAUGGCUCAGCAAGACAUGACGCUUCUGAAGGAGGAAUAUUCUCGGAAAGGAAGGAUAAGUGAGGAAGAAAGUACAUUUUCAAUUGUGGAUGGUACCCUGCCGAUUAAACAAUUCAGUCACGCAAGUUUGUUGAAAGAAGCAUUGAGUGAAGAAUUUAAUUUCUUCAGACAAGUUUCUGUGAAGCUCGAUGUGGAAACAGCAGCUUCGCGCCUCGAGGUGUCUGACGAUCUGAGGUCUGUAAGAUGGAGCCGGAUCCAGAGAACUCUCCCUGUUAACCCGAAAAGAUUUGAAGACCAGGCGUGCGUGCUGGGAUCGGAGGGAUUCACGACAGGGAGACAUUACUGGGAGGUGGAGGUGGCGGGGAAUCGGCGUUGGACUCUGGGAGUCGCUGCAGAGUCUGUGUCGAGGAAGGGAUUAGUGAGACUUAGACCAGCGACUGGAGUCUGGAGCAUCGGGCGGAAAGAUGACAAGUUUUAUGCAAACAGUACCAGUAUAAUCCGUCUCCCUGUCGAUCACAUCCCCGGAAAGGUGGGAGUUUAUCUCAGUUACGAGUCCGCUUCAAUUUCAUUUUACAGUGUGGUCAACAAGUCCCAUCUUUAUACUUUCACUGGGAAAUUUGAGGGGAAGCUUUAUCCUUUCUUCCGUACAGUGGAUGGAAACUGGAUGAGUACGUAGUUCAGUUUCUCUCCGCAACUGGAAAAAAAGGGGUGAACCGGGACCAGCGUCAGUAGAGAGCACUCAGUCUGUGCAGUACAGACCGCAUCUUGUAACAUGUUGGCGCGGAACGGGUCCAUUCAAUACCCUAAUUUUGCAUUGUAAAACCAUAAAUAAUCUCUGAAUAAAACAAAACCAUACGAAGAGUGAAA